CACUGUACGUAUAUAUACACAUGUCUAUGUACAUGGACUUCGCAUUAUCAUGAAAUGUACUGUUGUGCCUUUAAGAUUCUACAUCAACUACCACAGAUGAGGAAGAAUGCUGUGUUGCUUAGCAACAUGACCCAUACAAACAAACCUUGAAAAGAACUGAGCUCAUGCUCAUUUUCAGUAGUCGUACCGCUUUGCCCAGCAGGUCAAUAUAAAUAUACCAGUCAGUUGAUCUAUAUCUUGAGCUAAUUAUUUUGAUUGCUGUUUUUGUUGUUGCUGUGAUGACAUGCUUCCUAAUGUGUGAGCCAUUAGAGCUCUAUAAUCUCCUCAACAGGUGCCGGAGUGUGUCAAGACUGGCCGACAUCAACUACCUCUGUUUGAUUGACGCUCGUGAAAGACAAGAUUACAACACGGGGCACAUCAUAACGGCUAAAAGUGCAAAAGUGGACUCAGAGGGUAAAUUCCUCCUGCCAGUGGCCGUGGAGGUCGACACUAUGCAGCACGUGGUGGUCUACGACAGCAACACCAGCUCUUUGCAGGAACAAGGCAGAGCCUUUGACUGUGCCCAGGUUCUGGCUGAAGCAAGUCUCUGUCCUGUCCACAUAGUGAGAGGAGGCUUUCAAAGAUUCACUGCUCUGUACCCUUUCUUGAGGACGGAGAAAAUAAUGUACACCAUUAUGGAGCUGGAAAACCUGAAGACAUAUCCGCUGGAGAUUAAAGCAGGACUGCUGUAUAUGGGUAACCUGAAACAUGGCACGGACUCCACGAUCAUCAGCGACCUGAAAAUCAGAGCCAUCGUCAACGUCUCACAGUGCGACAGCCUGGAGCCAAUGCAGAAGAACCUGACCAUCCUUAACAUCCCUGUGGCUGAUUCAGUGGUGUCUGAUUUGUAUUCAAGUUUUGAAAGGAUUUGUUGUUUCAUUGAGUCACACAUCAAUGCGGGCUCUCGUGUCCUGGUGGUUUCCCAGCAGGGCAGGAGUCGCUGCAGUGCUGUGGUCAUUGCCUUCAACAUGCACCACUUCAAAUAUUCACUUAAGGAGGCCUGGAAAUAUAUGCUGAAAUGUAAACCUAACAUGAGGCCAAACACAGGGUUUCUACAGCAGCUUUCUGACUGGGAGCAGCACACCAUGGGAAAUACAAUGACUGAUGUAUGUGAACCAUAUUUUUAAACAAGGAACAAAUUCAAAUAUUAUAAAUAAAAGUAAUUAUAUCUGUAAAAUA